CGGUGACGAUGGCGGCGAUGACAUUCGCCCGGCAAAGCGGAGCCGCGGCCUGGGAGGAACGGACGGGGGGCGGGCGAGCUGGCCUCGCUGGAGCUCCUGCCUGAGGUCAACAUUGGCGACGUGGCGUACAGCAAGGCGUCAAUUGUGCGGAUGAAGCUGGUGAACUUCAAGGCGUACGAGUCUGUGGAGCUGUUCCCCGGCCCGCGGCUCAACGUGGUCGUGGGGCCUAACGGGACCGGCAAGUCGUCACUUGUGGACGCGUUCUUCCUCUCGCUCAACGCGAGCACCAAGCUGCUGGGCGGGGCGGACAAGGAGACGAGCUUCAUUUCACACGGGCAAACGCGUGCCGAGCUUGAGAUCGAGCUGUACAACCCGGACGGGCCCAAUUGGGUGGUGCACCGGGCGAUUGUGCGCAAGGACCUGGGUGAUGAGGUGGGAAAGUCAUUGUGGCAGAUCAACGGCAGAAAGUGCAGCAAGCACGACGUGUCGGCGCUGGUGACCAGGCUGGGCAUCCAGUUUGACAACCUGACGCAGUUCCUCCCGCAGUUCCGAGUCCGCGAGUUCUCCAAGCUUGAGCCGCGGUCACUGCUGGAGUGCACGAUCCGGGCCAUGGACGGGAGCGAGGCCGGCAAGCCUGGCUCGAUGGUGCAGGUGCUUGGGGAGCUGAGCAAGCACCGGGUGGAGCAGCGCGAGCUGGAGAACAAGGUCGGGGCGCUGGAGAGCGCACUGGAGGCGACACGGACCAAAGAGCAGCGGCUGAAAGGCGAGGCCGACCGGUUCCGCGAGCGCGAGGCGCUGCGAGACAGGGUGGCGAUGCUGAGCAAGGUGUUGCCGUGGCUGGAGUUGGCCGAUGCUAAGGUGCGUUCCAAAAAUGCCAAGGCGGAAGCGGCUGUUGCCAGGGAACGGGUCGUCAAGCUGAAAGCCGAGGCGCGGCCGAUGAUCGAGGAGCUCGACGAGGCGAAGAGCAAGCUGUCCGCGAUGGGUCAGGAGUUUGCAAAAGCCAGACAGUCCAUGGAAGACAUGGUGACGAAGAGGGAGAAGAUGAAGGAUCUUGUCGAGGAUGCCAAGUCGGACGUUCAAACGCUGUACGAUCAGAUCAAGAACCAUGAGCGCGACAUAGCGAAGCGGCGCGCGCAGCGCGAAAAUCUCCAGUCCGAGAUUGCGAACCAGAAGAGCAUGGCCAAGAAACUCGACCCGGGAGCGGGCGUUCAGGAGCGCGUGGAUGAGCUGAAUGCCGAGUUGCAGACGGCGAAGGAGCAGGUGCAAGCUUUUUCGUCGGUGGCGUCGGAGCUGAAGCGCGAGGUUGCAACCGGUGACCACCGCCAGUCGCAGAUUGAGGCCAAGCUCAAGGCGUACGAAGCCGUGAUGUCCGAGAGGCGACAGCGAUGCUUCGAACGUGUUGGAAGUCGAAAGGCGGGCCAGUCUCUGCGCCGGGUGUGUCAGAUCCUCGACCAAGCGCGGGCCGAGGGCAGGCUGCGUGGGGUGGUCGAGGGCCCGCUGCUCGCCACGCUCGACGUUCCGAUCGAAGUCCACCGCAACUACCUGGAAAAGGUCAUCUCGAAGAACAACAAGUAUAUCAUCCUGUUCUCGGACCCUGCCGACCUCGAGAUGUUGGAGUCUAAGUUUCCGGAGUUGGCGUUCGCGGUCAACACAGUUGUGGUCGAUAUGGGCGACCCGUUUCGCUCGCAUCCAGCGAGUCUGGAGGAGUUGGCGCGUUUCGGGGUGGAGAACUAUCUGGAUGCAACGUACGAUGCGCCUGACAUUGUCAAGCUCUUCCUCAACCGGAGCGAAGCACACUCCUCAAUAGUGUUUGGUCCGGAAACCAUGGACAAGGACGAGGUGUUCCGGGCCUUUCCCGCGCUCAACCGCAUUUUGUCGCCAAAGUCGUUUGCAAUGUACCGCAAGUCGAACUACGGCGCGCGGCAGCUGGUGGCGUCGUCGUCGUCGAUUAACCGUGCAAAUGUACUCAAGAAGGAUACGCCGCCUGCGGACGAGAUUGCGCGCCUGCAAGCCAGUUUGGACGCUAUCAAGGCCGACCUCGCUGCACGACGGGCCGAGUUGCGAAAGGCUAUCCAGGCACACGAGACCAAAGUCAAUGAGCUCACUACCUUGAAGGCCAAGAUCGGCGAACUCAAAAAAAGCUCAAGAUCCACAAGAGAGCAGAGGAGAAGGCCAAGCGCACGGAGAGCGAACUCGCGAACCUCAGCGAGAGCAACGGGGACGAGCUCGAGGAGUUGCGAGCCAAGCUCGCAACGAAAAUCACGCGACUGAUCCAACUCGCCGGGAAGGCCGCCAGCCUGGCCAAGGCCGUGGUGCAGCUGCGGGUCGUCCGCGACUCCAAGUCGCUUAAGGAGAGCGUGGCGAGGACGUUUGAGCGGCAGCUGCAGACGCAGUCCGAGGCCGUGCAUAGCAUGAUCGCGGAUGCGGAAGAGGCGUACAGGCAGCUCGAGACCACCGCCAAGAUGGAAAAGUCCCGGGCCAAGGGCGCGCAGCGGCAUGCGCGCGACUUGUCGGGCGUCAAGGAACCGACGUCCGAGAUGAUGCAGGUCAUGGAUGGCCUUGAGAAUUCGACGGCCCGCGCCAAGUCGGCACUGGCGACGAAGCGGAGCGAGCUGAGCUCGAUCCAUGGCAGCGAGUCGAGCGUGGUUGAGUACGAGAAGGUGCUCAAGCGGCGGAAGGAGCUCGAGGCGCAGGAUGAGACGCUGAAGACCCAGCUCAACGGGCUCACCAACAAGAUCGCAUCGCUGGCCGAAGGCUGGUCGGCGCGAGUUGAGUCGGUGCUGGUGGGGAUGGACAGGGACUUUGCGGCGUACAUGCAGCUCAUCGGGGCGUCAGGCGGCGUCGAGCUGGACAAACCGGCCAACCCGCUUGACUACGACGAGUACGGCAUUGUCAUCAGCGUCUCGUUCAAGGGCUCGCGGCCGCGGCGGCUCAACUCGCAGACCCAGUCGGGCGGCGAGCGGGCCAUCUCCACCAUGCUCUACCUCAUUGCGCUGCAGUCACAAGUCAUCGUCCCGUUCUUCCUCGCCGACGAGAUCAACCAGGGCAUGGACGUCAACAACGAGCGCAAGGGCUGGUCCAUCCUCGCCGCCGUUGCUCACCGCCGCACCGCGCAGGCGUUCCUCGUCACACCCAAGCUCCUCACCGGCCUCCCGUUUGCCACCUCAACCCGCACCCACUUUAUCAUGAGCGGGCCGCACCAGGCACCGCAGUCUGACUUUGCCUUGGCCGCCAUGCCCACCACCAAUGACCACGUCCGAAGCGGAGGCAGGUAAACAAACGAUUUAGGAGCAA